GGGAGGAGAGGGGCUGGCAGAAAGGGGGAUGUCAAAAGGAGACUGAGCGGAUCGACAAACUGGACUCCGAAAGCUGGGUUGGAGCCUCUUGUUAGAGCAGCCCUGAUUUGUGUUAGAGCACAGCUUUCCGCUGAGAUACCGUCUUGCAGGAGUUAGUGAGAUUGAGCAGAACCGUGCAGAGUUGUACAACGCGAGCAGGCACGGACUGAGAUUGGAGAGGAAGAUUUUCUUCUACCUAUUUUUUUUUUAAAAAUUCCUCCGGGGGAGCUGCUUUCCUCUCUCUCCCCAUCUCUUUUUUUUGUGGUUGGAAUUUCGGGACCGGCUGCGGGAAUUUCUGCGAGCUUUCGGCGUUUUCCCGAGCAGUGCAGAGCUGCGAAAACUGACGUGAAAGAAAACCAACAGAGCUGACAUUAGCCUGAGGCCUUUUCUGAAGUGUGGAUGAAUGUCACGAGCAAUUGAAACUGAGAUGAGGCUAGAGCUGGCUGUGACUGAACUGACCCUGUGCAGAUGGAUGAAGUGAGAAGGAGCCUGCUGGGCGAAGAACAGAACGUGGUCCCUUCACAUGAAGGGUACGGUGAGAGUGGGAGAACUUGAAAUUCUCCACCACCCUGAACUGAAGGAUGCUCGCAAGAAGCUGGCGUUCGGGAUUGGAAAAGGAAUUGGGAUCUGUGUCAGCUCAACCACGAUCAAACCAUCUCCACAAACACUUACCAGAUAUGAAUCGUCCAUCACUCAGCUCCCCAGCGUCUUUCUGAAGAAUUUAAAUAGGGAGGAAGACAUCAAAAUACUCAGCAAAGACAGCCUGGUGUGGAUACAAGAUUACAUCCUGCUCUGCUAGGCGGUGUCUCAGCUGACAGAAAUUUGGAUGAGUAAAAUAUCCUCUCACUCUGAGCAGAGGGUGUAGGGUGUGGGCAGACUGUGGGUGGAGUGGAAGAGUCCCUCUCAUUUCAUUGAUAAAGAACAUAAAUAGCUCUGUCAAACACUGUAAUGAUGACAGCGACCCAAUGAACAAUCGCCUUGGGAAUGCCAGAGUCUUUUGAAUACGAUCUUUAUCGCAAGGAAACACAAAACUACUGAAGCAUAAAUUGGGAGGAAAUAGUCGAAUUGAAUAAUAGUGUCACCAAUCUAACCGUGGUGUGGAUUACAAAAACUUCCUCCCUUUGUGUUUUUGUUUUGGAAAAGCUUUGAGCUGCUGAUUGAGAGAGUAUUCUGUUUUGUUUUUAACCCACAGCCCUGAAUUACAAAAGAAGCACUCGCAAAAAGAAGGUUAUGAGUCGGGAAUGGCCAGAUUAGCGAUAAAAAUCCAGCGGUAUUUCCGGCGAAAGCCAGUCCGAUUUUUCACCUUCAUAAUCAUUUACCUCAUGGCCGGUAGCUUGAUGUUUCUGCAUUCGGGGUUUGUGGGGGACAGUGCCGUCAUGGGCCAGGUGUCCUACCCUGGUGACGGGACGGUUAACGGACCCCUGGGUGGCUCAGUAGGCACCGGGGGUCUCCAGCAAUUCGCCUUCCUGCCCUUCGCGAGGGGCUACAGGGAAGUGGUGGAAAAGGAACCCCAGCCGUUGCCACGGAGAUAUGGCCCACCCUGGCUGAAACCAAUCUCGCAAGAUUCCACCGACAAGUUGCGAUCUGGUGAACACUUUCGGAGUUGGAGCAGGGCCCUGAAGGGGAAGAUGUCAAGGGACCAGGAAGAAAACAGAGCCAAAUAUAUCGGCUGUUAUUUUGACAACACCAAGCAGAGAGCCUUGAGGGGCACAGCGUUCUUUGACUACAGAAAGAUGACAGUAUUUCGUUGCCAGGACAAUUGUGCUGAAAGGGGCUAUCAGUACGCAGGCCUGGAGUUUGGAGCAGAAUGUUAUUGUGGACAUAAGAUACAGGCCCAGAACACGAGUGACUCCGAAUGCAACAUGGAGUGCAAAGGUGAGAAGAGCAACAUGUGCGGAGGGGCCAAUCGUCUGUCUGUCUACCACCUGGAGCUCACGCGAGAAUCUGCGAGACGCUAUGGGAGUGCUGUGUUCCGAGGAUGCUUUAAAAGACCCGAUAAUAUCUCCCUUGCCCUGCCGACAGGCAACGUCUUGUUGAACAUGUCUGUGGAUAAGUGUGUGGAUUUCUGCACUGAGAAGGAGUACACUCUGGCUGUGUUGGCAGGAGCGACAUGCCACUGUGGAUUUCCCACCAUGCACUUCACACUCCACGAGCCAGAGGAUGAACAACUGUGUGCGCAGAAAUGUCCUGGGGAGGAGUAUGAAAACUGUGGGAAUGACGAUUACUUUGUCGUUUAUCAAACGCAAGUACAAGAUAACCGCUGCAUGGACAGACGUUUCCUGCCUGCCCGCUCCAAACGCCUGGUGGCUUUGGCCAGUUUUCCAGGAGCAGGGAACACAUGGGGCCGUCACCUCAUGGAGCUCACCACGGGCUAUUACACCGGCAGCUACUACUUUGACGGCUCACUCUACAACAAAGGCUUUAAGGGAGAAAGAGAUCACUGGAAAAGUGGACGAUCGGUUUGUAUAAAAACACACGAGAGUGGCAAAAAGGAAAUUGAAUCUUUCGAUGCUGCAAUCCUGCUCAUCCGGAACCCAUAUAAAGCACUAAUGGCUGAAUUUAACCGCAAGUAUGGAGGACAUGUUGGCUUUGCAUCUGAAGCUCACUGGCGGGGAAAAGAGUGGCCAGAGUUUGUGAAGAACUAUGCACCUUGGUGGGCAUCCCACACACUUGACUGGUUGAAAUACGGCAAGAAGGUCCUGGUGGUUCAUUACGAAGAUCUAAAACGUGACCUGUUCAACCAGCUGAAGAAAAUGGUGUCUGUGCUGGGCCUUAACGUCUCUGAUGACCGGCUGCUUUGCGUUGAAAGCCAAAAGGACGGCAAUUUCAAACGCUCCGGCCUGCGCAAACUGGAAUACGAUCCCUACACGCCCGAGAUGAGGAAGAUGAUUGACAUUUUCAUCAAGACUGUUGACACGGCCCUCAAACUGAAAAACCUGACUGGUGUCCCUGAGGACUAUGCCCCCAGAUGAUUUUGUCGGUAAAUGCGUUCAAAACGUUGGCUGUAUCUCCUUUCCCUUUCCCUGGCCAGGACUACUCUCCACCCAGUGGGUGGCUUCUUUUUUAAUAUCCUGCAGCUAUUAGCUUUUCAAGUGCAUCAACUGUUUAGAGUAAAGGUCACCAAAUGCAGCUAGGGUUAGUAACCUUAUAGCGUACACAUGCCAGCAGACAGUCUUUAGCAAGUGGGGUGUCAUGAGUAAGGGAAAGUGAUCGACAUGGAACCCGUGCUACUUUUUUUAACAGGAGCAAACAAUUUGGUGAGCAGGCUCUUUGAAGCUGAACAAUUCUCUUAGUUAUGGCUUUUACCAUUUUGCUUGAGCUGAGGAAUGGUGCUACCCACCUACAGAGGGAAGGGAUUAUCCGGCAAUAAUCUCAAAGGAAUCUGGCCCUCCGUAGUUAAUUGGAGUGAAACUGGGGUAAUGGAGAUGACUGCUACAGUCUCCUUGUUUACGUAGAGGGAAGUGGAGGAGAGGGGUAGGUUGGAGAGAAACAUUUCAACAGCGGCCCAACGCCUGUCUAGUUCAAAAUCAUGAUGGGUAUGGUGCAGCUCACUGCUGUCAGCAGCCAAUCCACGGAUGGUUUGAGAAAGCGACCAUUGUUUUUCCUUGCUAUACCUCUCAAAAUUUGCAUUAAGUUUGGAUUGUUGCUGUCUGCUGUUGAGGAAGUGCACAUGAUGUGGCUAACACAUCUAAUGCAAGGAGACAGUACGUCUUGUUGGCUGCUCCUUUCACACUCCAGAACAGGAUUAAACGUUCCUGACCUCCACCACCUUGUCGAAAUGUUGCAGCUCAUUUCAAAAAUUUUCUAAAUGUGUCCCAUCGCUGGAUGUCUGGGAAUGGCAGCAGAUCACACCUUGCUGACAUAGGGAUGGGUGCGAUGACUAUGAUAUACAGCCUCUGGUUUGUCACGUUGACUGCACAAUCCAUUCUUGUUUCAGUGAGAGUCGACCAAUGGAGAAGAACAACACUGUCUUCGACUGUGAAGUAGGUCUCAAAGCGUUGCACCCAGAAGAGUGAGCAGAAAGAUGAUCCCACCAAUAAUUUAUUCGUACAUACAGGGGUUGCAAAGUUUUGCCAUAGCCAAGAUCACAUGGGCUGCCUAAGUCAAUAAAUUGCUCCUGUCUAUCUAAUUUUCCACGAAAACCUCAAUUAAUGCCUUUAGCCAAACAGUAAUUAAAACUGUGAUAACAAAGUGUGGAGUUGGAUGAA